AUGGGUCCUGGAGAGGCAAAGCGGCGUGACGGUGGAGUCGCCUUUACCAUCGGAAACGACAUCGUGGGACAACUGUCCUAUGCAUUGCAGGGUCUCAACGACCACCGCCUGACCCUCGCCUUUCCCUUUGAAGGAAGCAAGUGUGCAACCAUCGUUAGAGUCACACCCCCUACCUAAUUACCGGUACCAAUGAGGUGUAGAAGAUGAAGUCCAACGAAGAUGUGCGCGUCCUCCUAGCGACUGGGCCGAAGGCGGAUAAACUGAUUGCUCGUAAUGACUUAAAUUCCCCCGUCCACACAACCCACGCGGUCUUGGAGGGAGUGCGUAGUCGUCAGUCCAUGGAGCUUUCGGUGAACGUUGCAGUUCGCAACGGUCGAACUGUCGUCGUGUGUGCUUGGUUGUGUGUGUGUGUGUGUAUGACGCCGCCAUAAACAACCUGCCAGCCGAGAAGAACCGCCUGCAUAAAGCCUACGUCAACCGCCCCACCGACUACAACAAAGCAGCCUUUUACCGCAGUCGCUGCCUUGUACAACAGCGGCUGCGCGAGACACAGGAUGCCUGGACGGCUCGCAAGGCCGAGGAGAUCCAAUGGUAUGUGGAUCGCAAUGAAUGGAAGAACUUCUUCGUCGUGACCAAGACUGUCUACCGUCCCACAGCCAAAGGCACCGCUCCUCUUCUAAGCGCCGACGGCAGUACCAUUCUCACUGAGAAGACGCAAAUUCUACAGCGAUGAGCUGAACAAUUCAGAGGCGUCCUCAACCGUCCUUCCGCCAUCUCCGACGCCGCCAUCGCCCGUCUGCCUCAAGUGGAGACCAGUGCUGAUCUCGACCUCCCACCCUCUUUCCACGAAACCACCACGGCUGUGCAGCAGCCCUCCAGCUGUAUAGCGCCCGAAUCGGACGCGAUCCCUGCUGAGGUCUAUGAAAACGGUGGUCCCCAACUCAUGGAUCAUCUGACAGCGCACUUCCAGGAGAUGUGGCGUCAAGGAGAAGUCCCGCAGGAUUUUAAGGGCGCCACAACCGUCCAUCUCUAUGGGCCGAAAGGUAAUCGCCAACUCUGUGACAACCAUCGAAGCAUCUCCUUGCUUAACAUUGCCGGGAAGAUCUAUGCUCGCAUUCUCUUCAACCGCCUGAACCAUCACCUGGAACAAGGUCUCCUGCCGGAAAUCCAGUGCGGCUCCCGUCGUCCUUGUGGGACCACGGACACGAUCUUCGCCGCCCGCCAACUUCAGGGAAAGUGCCAGGAGAUGCGGAUCCACCUCUACUCUACCUUCGUAGAUCUGAAGAAAGCCUUUGACACGGUGACUUGCGAAGGACUGGGGAAAAUCUGGCAGAAUUUCGGCUGUCCAGAACGAUCCAUUGAGAUGGUGCGUCAGCUCCAUGACGGCAUGAUGGCGCGAGUCACGGACAAUGGAGAUUUCUCAGAGGCAUUCGCAGUGACCAACGGAGUGAAGCAGGGCUGCGUCCUUGCGCCCACCCUCUUCAGUUUUAUGUUCACUGUCAUGCUGCUGGACGCUUAUCGUGGCGAACGCCCUGAGAUCCGCACCGCCUACGGGACGGAUUACCAACUCUUUAAUUAG